AUGACCGCCCUUACCAUUACGAUUAUUAUAACGGGCACCCCAACUCGGUCCCGGGCCUAUAUGCCGUAUUUGUUGAUGAUCGAGGUGUCGUCGUUCAUUUUGUUGUUAUUGGCUGGGUGGUUGAUACCCUGUUAUGGGGCUGUCUUCCGGGGAGAACCAUUCGCUUGCUUCACCUUCGGGCUGGUUCUGACGGUGACGACAGCGCUUCAGAAGUGGCUGGGAGAUGAUGACCCAUUACUAGGGCUUCGCCUUGAAUUGGGAGUAUUGGGCUAUACGGGAGCCACAAAUAUUGCCGGCUAUUUUCACGCGCUCGUCUAUAGACACCAGGCAAGGCACACUCUACAA